AAUUCAUUCGUUGUAGAGCACGGACAGUGAGCUCAUAUGUUUUGAAACCAUUUUGUGUCGCAAACCGCUUUAAAUCACGUUGUGGAUAUCGAACAAUUCCUCUCACACCUAGUACAGAUGAAAACAGAACCAGACGAGAUGUCGCAGAACGACAACACGAUCAACGUUCCGGCGUUCUUAAGCAAACUAUGGCGAAUGGUAAACGAUCCAACUACCGACAAGCUAAUAGCAUGGAGCACUGGUGGAAAAAGUUUUGUUAUUCAGCAUCGGGCUCAGUUUUGGUACGAACUACUUCCUCUCUACUAUAAGCACAACAACAUGAGCAGUUUUGUUCGACAAUUAAAUAUGUAUGGUUUCCAUAAAUUAUCACCUGUAGAUAACGGCUCCGUGGAAUUAGAAAAAGAUGAGAUUCAAUUUUAUCACCCAAUGUUCCAAAAGGGUCAACCACAUUUAUUGUCGAAUAUCAAAAGAAAGGUGACCAGCUCUAAAGUAACAUCGCCCGCCGCACCAAUGAAUCAGCGCCCAGAUGAUUUGACAAAAGUUUUGCAAGACGUAAAGAAUCUGCGUGGUCGUCAAGCAAACGUCGAUACGCAAUUGGAAGCUAUGAAACAAGAAAAUUCGGUUUUGUGGCGCGAAUUAGUGAAACUACGUCAAAAACAUAUAAAGCAGCAACAAAUUGUAAACAAGUUAAUUCAAUUUUUGGUGACUAUCUACCAACCAGCUGGAACCGGGCGAAUGAGUGGGUUAGGUGUAAAACGGCGUUACCCGCUGAUGUUAAGUGAAGGACCCGAAAAGAAAGCGAGAUCAGUGGAAGGUCCGACAAUUCACGAAAUUGAUCAAAGUGAUCAACUGCCAGAUGGGCUUGUUGAAGAAUUGGAAGAUACAGCCGCUGCGAAUUCUGAAGCGGAAGUUGAUGGAUUGUUAUCAGACACGGAAAUAGUAAAUAAUACACUUCAACAGAUUCCAACGUUAUCAGAUGUAGGAUUGGAAAGUAUCGCCACGCAAACGGAUGAUUUGAUUGAUGAUGCCGGUCAUGACGAAAGAAUCUUCAUGAGUCCUUCCGCUCAACAUACAUUGCUCACUAAAGUUGAAAAAGAUGCCGAUGAAGAAGCAGUUGGUGAUAAUCCAGAUUUGAGAGUUGCUAAAGUUGAUUAUCAACGGUUAAAUUCAGCUAAAGACCCUAUUAAUGGAAAUUACAGAGAAGAUUUACACCAGGAAUUGGAAAGUACGGAGUCGGAAUUGGAGCAGCUAAAAGAAGCUUUGAAUGGGUGCAGUGCAUUUGAUGCAAAUGCUUUAUUAGGGGUUUUUAAUUAUGAAGCUCCAGAUUACAUAGAUAUAUUAUCAAAGGGAAAUAGCGAAGGAAUGGGAAACGCUGAUCCCUUAGUUUCUGGUUCUGAAUUAGCACCAUAUGACGCGAAUACUUUAGAUUUUAGCCAAUUAUUUGAUGACACAUCCGACCCUCAGGAUUCUCAGGACGUCCAAGCCACUUUGGAUUCAACUUAUUUUAGUUAGUUUUAAUAACAAGUUUUUUUUAAUAUUUCAGAGUUUAAUAUGUUCGAAACAAAAAAAGUAACGGAAGGUCAUGUAUUUUUCUACGACUAAGAAAUGCGCGGAGCGUAUAUAUUAGUUAUAUUGAGCCGUUAGUCAAUCUAUACAUAGAUCAUAUAUACUGUAUAUCCGUUCAAUUACAGUUUUAAGUUUAGGUAUUCUCGUUUAUUUCUACUGAUUCAGGGUAUGGUAAUGAUGUAAAUUUUAAAAACUAAUUAGUUAAUCGCAUAACUUGUCAUACCCACUCCAUUAAGUUAAAAAAACAAUCAAAAAAAUUGUACUGUUGCAUUUUUUCGACAAAAAAAAAAAGUAUUUACAGUAUUUUUCUAUUUAAAGAUGUUCAGAUUAAAGUUUUUCUUCAAACGUCAAUAAAAUGUUAAUUAUCCCAAUUCACAAUACUUAUAUAAUAGGUUUGUAGUAAGCCAUUGAUUAAAAAGAUUAAGCGCAAGAACAAGCCGGGAAAUUAUCACUGCAAACCCGACUUCCAUUUUUUUAUAUAUAUUUUUUAUAAAUUUUAUAAAGCUGCGACGUUUGAUGAAAAAAAAAAUAAUGUCACAUAAAUAUUCACUUAUUCAGAGCAUCAUCUGAACAUCACUAUUUCGUUUCUCAGCGUCAAGGAGUUUCGUUUCUUCACAUUUCUUGAGGUUGUUAUUAAUGUAUACAGUCCGAAAUGUAAAUAAUUUACAAACCCACACUACGGUUUGUAGCGCUCUAAAAUAAUUCAAAAAUAAAACGUAAAUAUCCGUAAAUUAAAUCUAAAUAGUCUUUACAUUGGUUGCUGAAUAAAUGCUCUUGACACUUCAA